AUGGCAUCAUCGCAGUAUAACUUUAAGAAGAUUAUUACCAUUCCUACAGCUCAAGAUUUUAUUGACAUUAUCCUUUCGAAAACUCAACGAAAGACACCAACAGUCGUUCAUAAACAAUAUAAAAUUGCUCGUAUUCGUAAUUUUUAUUUACGAAAAAUAAAAUUUACCCAACAAAGUUUUCAUGAUAAACUUCAAGCAAUUCUUACUGAAUUUCCUAAACUUGAGGAAGUUCACCCGUUCUAUGCUGAUCUCAUGAACGUUUUAUAUGAUAAAAAUCAUUAUAAAUUAGCACUUGGCCAACUGAAUAUUGCUAAAAAUUUAAUUGAUAACGUAUCAAAAGAUUAUGCAAGAAUGAUGAAGUUCGCUGAUUCACUCUAUCGAUGCAAAUGUUUAAAACGAGCAGCUUUGGGAAGAAUGGCAACAAUAGUAAAACGCCAAGCACAAAGUUUACAAUAUCUUGAACAAGUUCGUCAACAUUUAUCACGUUUACCAUCGAUUGAUCCAAAUACGCGUACACUUCUAAUUUGUGGUUAUCCAAAUGUUGGUAAAUCAAGUUUUCUCAAUAAAAUAACACGUGCCGAUGUUGAAGUACAACCGUAUGCAUUUACAACUAAAUCACUUUAUGUUGGUCAUACGGAUUAUAAAUAUUUACGUUGGCAAGUUGUUGAUACACCGGGUAUUCUUGAUCAUUCAUUAGAGGAUCGAAAUACUAUUGAAAUGCAAGCUAUUACUGCAUUGGCUCAUCUUCGUGCAGCAAUUCUUUAUGUUAUGGAUAUUUCGGAAACAUGUGGUUAUACACUUGAAGAACAACUCAAUCUAUUCAAUAAUAUCAAAGUAUUAUUCACCAAUAAACCAUUAAUCAUUGCUCUCAAUAAAAUCGAUAUCAAACGACUCGAUGAAUUAUCUCCAGAGAAACGAGCUGUUUUCGAACAAUUCGCUAAAGACGAUGUAAAAAUCGUCGAAAUGAGUACGUUUUCUGAAGAAGGUGUCAUCGAAGUUCGAAACGAAGCUUGUGAUCGUUUAUUAGCACAUCGUGUUGAUAUUAAACUGAAAAGUCGUAAAGUCAAUGAUGUUCUCAAUCGUUUACACGUAACACAACCGCUAAAACGGGACGAACGUGUACGCGCGCCGUACAUACCCGAAGGUGUUAUUCAACGUUUAGAAUCUAUGCAAGUCAACAACGGUCAAGAUCAACCAGCUAAAAAGAAGACCGAACGUGAUCUAGAAGUCGAAUUGGAAGAAGACUACCAUUUAGAUUUACGUAAAACAUGGUGUUUGGAAAAUAAUGACGAACGUUACGAUGUUAUACCGGAAAUUUAUCGCAAUAAAAAUAUUGCUGAUUAUAUCGAUCCAGAAAUCAUGGCUAAACUCGAAGAGCUAGAACACGAAGAAGAAGCACGUGAUCAAGCCGGAUUUUACGAUUUGGAUGAAAGUGAAGACGAUGAAGAAACUACAGCCAUAAGAAAGUUAGCAAAAAAAAUUCGUUAUAAACGCCAAGUUAUCAUUGGUGAAUCUCGAUCGAAAAAACAAGCUCGACGAACACCAUCUGUGCCAAGACCGAAGAAACCCAUUGUUCGAGAACAUCUAGAAAGUACAAUGAGCGAAUUAGGCAUUGACAUGGACAAUAAAGAAGAUUCACACUAUGUUGCUAAGAUGCACGAAACACGUAGUCGUUCGUUGAGUAGACCAGCAACCAAACGUAAGCGUGAAGAUUCAGAAGGAAAUGUACGUAGUAGUUCGAAAGUACCUCGUGAUAAAUCUGGUGUACGCGAUGUUAAAAUGGCUACGAAAGCAAGAAAGAUCAAUAAACUUGGUCAACGUAAGAUGAAUUUGGAUGCUAGACUUGGUGAAUCCGACAGAAGAAUAUUCACUGAAAAACCCAAACAUUUGUUUUCCGGCAAACGAUCAUCUGGCAAAACAGAUCGACGAUAG